GUGCUAAGGGGAAUUGUGGGGGCGGAGAUGUGAACUCUUUUUUUCAAUACUCUAUUUUUUUUUCCUGAUCGAUGUAAUGAAUAAAGUACCCUUCUCUUCAGUUGGACUAAAACCGAAGCGGAGAGGGCGAGAGUGUGGAAGAACGGCGUCGUUCUCAUCGGCCGACCGAUGUUACCCGCAAUCAAAUUGCAGGCUCUGAACCUUCCAAAACCUUUGGUUUCCUCACGUCGUAGCCACAAUAUCACUAAGAGCCUUCCAUCACAUCGUCCUUCGGAUCUCCGGCAGCCCGUGCUUCGGUUCUCAUCGCUGUCUCUCCAAUCCGAGAAUGCCUCUGCAUCUGGCCCCGCACCUUCUCGUCUCACGUCGUCCGUCGGGUCUCCUCCUUCGGCUCAUCUGGUGCAGUGGAACCUCACGCACCGGCACAUCCUAAUAUUGAAUGCCAUUGCGUGCACGGUAGCCAUUUCAGCAUCCUGGCUCUUUUUCUCUGCAAUUCCGACUCUUCUGGCUUUUAAGAGGGCUGCUGAGUCACUAGAGAAGUUGCUGGAUGUCACCAGAGAGGAGCUCCCAGAUACAAUGGCUGCUGUGCGGUUAUCUGGAAUGGAGAUCAGUGACCUAACCAUGGAGCUCAGUGAUCUGGGCCAGGAGAUAACACAGGGUGUUAGAAGGUCCACACGAGCUGUUCGAUUGGCGGAGGAUAGGUUGCGUCAGUUGACAAACAUUGUUCCAAGAGCAUUAAUGCAGGAGCAAACCAAUCCAAGGACAGAGACAAUGGGACCAGUGAUAGCUAGAACAGCUAGGGGCCUACGUGAAGGAAUUGUCAAGGGGCGUGCAAUCUUGCAAACUUUCUUUAGUGUUGCACAAUUUUUCAGGCUGGCCUUGAACUUCUUCACUGUGCAAAGACAGAAGCGGUUGAAAGAUAUAUGAUGUUCCGAUAUGCUUCAUGGUGGUCACUGUGAUCUUUGUUGUGUACAUUCUUUUCCUUUAUCUUUCUUUUUUCCUCCUUUUUGUGUAUUUCUGGCUGGGGUUUAUUGUUAGUUUUUAUUUUCUUCCGGGAGCCAUCUGUAAGAUACCUUGGAUUCAAAUGAUGAGCGAGGAUUCUUUCCUAUUUAAUUAAGAGAUCAUCUAACUAUUAGUAGUUACGUUUA